AUGGCCAGCUCCAACUCACCUUCUUCCUCUCACGAACAAACAAAUCCACGCGCCGCCAAACCACCGGCGGCAUCUCGCCGCUUGCCUCCUCCCUGCUGGUCCCACGAUGAGACGGUGGCGUUGAUCGAUGCGUAUCGUGGUAAGUGGUACUCUCUUCAGCGAGGUAACCUUCGUGCUCCCCACUGGCAAGAAGUCGCCGAUGGUGUCGCCGUCCGGUGCCCGUUAAGCGACCCACCGAAAACCUCGAUUCAGUGUCGUCAUAAGAUGGAGAAGCUCAGGAAACGUUAUCGGGCGGAGAUCCAACGAAUUGCGAAUACACCAAGGGGACACCGGUAUCCGUCGUCAUGGGUUCACUUUAAACAAAUGGAUGCGAUGGAGUUGGGUCUUUCUUCUUCAGAUCCAUCUGUAGAUCCGAUCAAUCAAGAGGAAGAUGAGGUAGAUGAAGAUCAUGAAGACGAAUUGUUCUUGUAUCCUAAAAGAAUCAAACAAGCAGUCACUCUCCCUCUCAAUCGACGGUAUCAGGGUUUAGUCGGUAACGGUGUUACUGCCGGAAAGAGAAACGGGAACGGCGUUCGGAUCAAAAUCCCAAAUAUCGCCGCCGUUACUCCGCCUAAUACAUCCUUUGAUGACUACCCACCGCCGGUGAACCCACAUUACAGGCCAGGUAAGCGAUCGAGAGAUGGGUUUGUGAAGGAAGCUUUUGGAAGUGAGAUGAACAGAAAACAUGAUGGUGGUGGAGGGAUGAAGAUGAGGAAGGACAUGGAAAACGAUGAGACUCAUCUGAUGGAUGGAAUGGUGGCAGCGAUUCAGAAGUUAGGAGAUGGGUUUCUGAAGAUAGAGAUGAUGAAGAUGGACAUGGCAAGAGAGCUUGAAUCCAUGCGAAUGAAAAUGGAGAUGAAAAGAACUGAAAUGAUCCUGGAAUCACAGCAGAAGCUGGUGGAUUCAUUUGCAAAAACAGUUAUGGAGAAGAAGAACAAGAAGAUUAAAAGAAUGGGUACACCAGAAUUGUGA